CACAGCCAUUAGGAUACACCCUCUCGGCUGUUCCUGAAGAAAUUCGACCAACAUGUUGCUGUUCAUCGCUCUGUUGCUUCACGCCUUCUCUGGCUUUGUUCCUAGCAGUGCCGCUAAAGAUCGCAAAACCUGUGACUGCGAUUUGUUUGACCCCCCUCGUGAUCACAACGGACACCGGUAUUAUCAAUCCUCCUUCUACUACAAAGACGCGGAACAAGCUGAAAAAGUAUGUUCGUCUUGUGGCUGGUACCUGGCAGAAAUCAACACUGAAGCUGAAUUCAGGUUUGUGCAAACCCUGGCCAGGAGUGCAAACACUGAAGGUCUGCUGCUCUCUGGAAAUGACGUGAACAAGGAGGGCUAUUGGGUAUUUCAGACCAGUAAGAAACCGGUCGUAUUUUUUGACUGGUAUGAUGGAGGAGCGGACAACUACCAAGGUAAUGAACAUUAUAUUACCAUACAUCAACAUUACAACUACCAAAUGAAUGAUGUGCCUUUUGAACCGCAAAGCCGUUAUAAGUUCUUGUGUGAAGAGUAGAUUAGGUCGGAAUAUAUGGUUGACGGAUGAGAUAACCAAAUGACUUGUUGUCAGUCAAUAAAAGUUUAAAUUAAACAUUGAUUUUAAAGCAUUCAGAA